ACGUCACGGGAGCGCCCGAACAGUGGGGAAGCCACCAGUGGUAGAGCUGGCAAAGACGGAAAGGAGGGAAAGAGACAGAAGAGAUAAUAGACAGGAGCGAUACGAGACAGGAAGACAAGCCCCCGAAAGAGAGCGUUUCACCUCGGCUGUUACGUUACGAAACGUCACUUUAAGGUUUGACAGCAGCGAAAUAACUGAAGAGAUGUGACUGGCCUUCUUUUGCACAGAGCUUAUUUCACAACCGAGGGCAGUAGAGUAAACAGCCGCAGUGAUCCCAUCAUCCCAGGCCUUGUGGAUUUAGUUGCCGCCUUAACCUAAAGGGAUGCCUUAUUGAUUCCUGCUUUUCUAACAAAGCCCAUUGAUUACAGCACGGGUGUUAGAAAGGCCUUGAUCACAGCUAUGUCAACACUGCAUCAGGAUAUUUCAAGUCAAGAAGGACUUCUGUAGAAUAGGGACGGGAGUUUUUUUGUUUCAGCUGUUCACUUUAGUAUUUCAGAUUUUUUUGGGACAACCAGUUUACAUUUUUUGUGUAAUUUUGAGCAUAUAUUUUUGAUUUGCUUAAUUAAUCAUUUGAACCAGUCACUAUUUCGUCUCUACAGUAAACACAGCAUUACAACCCUUACCAUGUACGGUAGCUCCCGUUCCGUCUCAAAGCUGGAUGUUGUUGGAUCCAAUGGUAACGGGUCAGUGUCUGGGAGCCCCGGGCGCUCCCCGCGCCUCCCUCGCUCUCCACGCCUUGGACACAGACGAAACAGCAGCAGCAGCUCCACCAGUGGACUCACUGGCUCCUGUAAAACCCUGUCUAUGGAGAACAUUCAGUCUCUAAAUGCUGCCUACGCUACAGGCGGUCCUAUGUACUUCACUGACACAGUUGAUGACUCGAUUGGCGUUGGGAGCGUGGGCAGCGGGCUGAACCCCUCGCUGCCCAAAAGCACCAUGACCCUGGGCAGGGCUGGGGCCAGGGUCCCCUAUGGGGUCAGGGCGGCCAUCAUGGGGAGCAGUCCUAAUAUAAACACUGGAGGGGGAGGGGGAGGGGGUGCAAUGCAUAGUGAUGCAAUAGCAUUUGGGGGGGAGCUGCAAAACCAGCUUUCACAGGCGGCCACUGUGCCACACUCCAUGAGACAGGUGAGAGACGGUGCCAUGUCAGACCUGCAGACACAGUUAAGAGAAGUGCUGAGAGAGAAUGAACUACUACGUAGAGAAUUGGAGAAUAAAGAGUCCAAGCUGAGCUCCUCUAUGAACUCUAUUAAGACGUUUUGGAGUCCAGAGCUGAAGAAGGAGAGGGCGCUGAGGAAGGACGAAGCAACAAAGAUUGCCCUGUGGAAGGAACAGUACAGAGUGGUGCAGGAGGAAACGCAGCAUUUUCAGUGCACCAUCCAGGCUUUACAGGAUGAGCUCAGAAUCCAGCGAGAUCUUAAUCAACUCUUCCAGUCCGAUUACUCCUCGGGUCACCUCGGAAAUCAGACCAUCCCCCCACAGGAAAUGACAGAAGAGAACUUCCUGCGUCUCCACAGCGAGUACGAGCGACAGAUGAAAGAGCUCUUCCUCCUAAGGAAGACUGUGGAAGAAAUGGAGCUGAGGAUAGAUACACAGAAACACACACUAACUGCCAGGGAUGAAUCCAUAAAAAAGUUACUGGAAAUGUUGCAGAGCAAAGGCCUGUCGUCACGGGCAACUGAGGAGGACCAUGAACGAACAAGGCGAUUGGCCGAUGCUGAGAUGACCAUCCACCAACUGGAGGGCCUACUGGAGCAAAAAGACAAGGAGAUGCUACAACUCAGAGAGGAGCUGCACAGGAGAUACGAAGCAGCUCCAGAAUCAACAAAGACCAAGGCCUUGCAGACAGUCAUCGAAAUGAAGGAUGCAAAGAUCAGCUCAAUGGAGCGCGGCCUAAGAGAGCUGGAGGAGGAGGUGAACAUGCUCAAGUCCAACGGAGCUCUGAGCAGUGAGGAGAGGGAGGAGGAGAUCAAACAGAUGGAGGUCUACAGAUCUCACUCCAAGUUCAUGAAAAAUAAGGUUGAGCAGCUGAAGGAAGAGCUAACUCAAAGCCAAUCAGAGAAGGACGAGCUAAGGCAACGAGCCAAUGAGCUCCAGCGGGAGGUGUCUUCAAUGGAACAGGCAAAGCAGGAUCUGAGUCGUAAGGACAGCGAGCUGUUGGCUUUCAGGACCAAACUGGAGACUUUGAACAAUCAGUUUUCUGACAGUAAACAACACGUGGACGUCCUCAAGGAGUCACUCACUGCCAAGGAACAGAGAGCCGCUAUACUGCAGACUGAGGUGGAUGCGCUGCGUCUCCGUCUAGAGGAAAAGGAAUCUCUCCUUGCAAAAAAGAGUCAGCAGAUAUCCGAGCUGACAGAGGAGAAAAGCACUCAGCAUGGAGAGAUCAGCGACCUCAAAGACAUGCUGGACGUCAAGGAACGCAAAGUUAACGUUCUGCAGAAGAAGAUAGAGAACCUCCAGGAUCAGCUGAGGGAUAAAGAGAAACAGCUGGGCGGACUGAAAGACAGAGUCAAGUCUUUACAGACGGACACCUCUAACACCGACACAGCACUCGGAACACUGGAGGAGGCUCUGGCUGAGAAGGAGCGAAUCAUAGAGCGGUUGAAGGAGCAGCGGGAGAGGGAGGAAAGAGAAAAAGGGGACGAGAUGGAGUCUAGCAAGAAGGAGCUGAAGGAGUUGAGGGAGAAAGUGUCCCAUCUGCAGGCUGACCUGUCUGACCGUGAGACUUCACUGUUGGAUCUGAAGGAGAAGGCUUCCUCUCUGGCUUCCUCCACUCUGAAGAAGGACAACAGGCUGAAGACUCUGGAGAUCAGCCUGGAGCAGAAGAAAGAGGAGUGUGUUAAACUAGAGAACCAACUCAAGAAGGCUCGGAGCGCAACAGCAGAUUCCCAGGCCAGCACCGAACUAUCUGAACGCAUCUCCUGCCUGGAGCAGGAAGUGACCCGGCACAAAGAGGAUGCCGAGAAGGCCCAGUCCGAGGUGGAACGACUUCUGGAGAUCCUGAGGGAGAUGGAGAAUGAAAAGAACGACAAGGAGAAAAAGAUCCACGAAUUGGAGAGAGAUCCCUCUGCCUCUCAUCUGUGGCGUUCUCAGCAGUCACGAAAGCAAGCCCCUCCCCCUGCUGCCUCUCAGCAGCCAAUGGGGGGGCUGGUAUGGGACUACCUGGGCACUUUUGCCUCAAGGGAUUUUCAACAAUCAUUCUGCAAACCACAACAUAAGCAGAUGAAGGACCAGUCGAAGAAGGUGGCCAACCUGAAACAGAAGGAGCAGCUGGAGAAGAGCAGGAACGCCCAGCUGAUGGAGGAUGCCAAGAAGAGAGAGCACAAUCUGAAUGAAAACUCCCAGCAAAUACAGGACGCCCUCCGUCUGAAGGAGGAGCGCAUUGAAGAGCUGGAGGAAGCGCUCAGGGAAAGCGUUCAGAUCACAGCGGAGAGGGAGGUGGUGCUCGCCCAGGAGGAACAGGCACGCACACACUCCGAGAAACAGCUCUCUAACAUUCCAAUGCAUGAGUUCACCACAGCCGGCUUUAGGUGGUCAAAGGUGGAGGACCUGCUGGUGGCCAUGGAGAGGGUGAAACAGGAACUGGAUGUGAUGAAAGCUAAGCUGUCAUCAACUCAACUUUCACUGGCCGAGAAGGAAGGUCACCUGACCUCCCUGCGGGCCGAGCGGCGGAAACACCUGGAGGAGGUCCUGGAGAUGAAACAAGAGGCGCUGCUGGCAGCCAUAAGUGAAAAAGACGCCAACAUUGCCCUGCUGGAACUCUCCUCAUCCAAGAAGAAGAAAACCCAGGAGGAGGUGGCAGCUCUGAAGAGGGAGAAGGAUGGUCUGGUUCAUCAGCUCAAACAGCAGACUCAAAACCGGAUGAAGCUGAUGGCAGACAACUAUGAGGACGAACACCUUAAGGUGUCCUCUCCAACCGCAGAGCAGCCCAACAAUCACAAGCCUUCCCCAGACCAGAUUCUCUCUCCACUCCUGGAUCUCAAUCAGAAUCGCAGUAAACUGAAGCUGUACAUCAGUCACCUGACCUCACUGUGUCAGGAGCGAGACCCAAUCAUACUGCAGGACUUCGCCCCACCCCCCGCCUAUCACCGCUCUGACUCCGCCUCCUGGCAUACGCAGCUGCACAGCAUGACGCAGGAACAGUUGGAGGCCGAGUUAGCGCUGUGUGAGAGGGAGGGGGCGGAGCUCCAGGAGUACGCCAAUCAAGUCUUGCAACAGAUCGCAGACCGAUGCCCCGACAUUUUGGAACAAGUGGUCAACGCUCUGGAGGACAGCUGCUGACAUAGAAACACACACACACACGCUGAAAGAAACAAAAAAUAAGCUUACGUACAGACAUGAACUUCCCUGCCAAGUCAGAAAGCAAGCAAACAUGCACAGGACCAUCAGAAGUCUCCAGCAAGCUCCCAUAAUCCCCUGAUACUCAAAACAAAUCACAGGAUGAAGACUUUCUCUUCCAACCGGUUUUUCACUCAUCUCAUUUUCGGAAAAAGGGAUCUACAAAAAAUACACGUCAUUACUGAAAGGUAUUCUUCCACUGUGUGUUUUGCUUUUAUUUUGAACAAACCGUGCCAGCUGAGGGAAAUAUUGUUCAUGUUUCAGUUCAUAGUGCUUUGUUGGCAUGCAAGUUAGUUGGAAAUAGUUGAUGUUUUUGAGACAGUAAACACGUAUUUUCCUAAAUACUCCGAUAAGCCUUCUGCGACACGUCACAUCUUGUGUCCUUCCAGGCAAUCAGCAACUGUAAUCGUAAUUUGAUGUAUUUUAUGGGUGGAAAAUAUUUUUAAACUGUAUGAAAAAGGUAAAAGUGAGUCGAGCUUGCCAGGUUGUUUCUGAUGCCAGACUUACAUGCUAUUACUACAUUGUUAUUUGAUUGGUUCAGAUACAAAAGUGUUUAUUUCAGCUGCCUUUGAUUCUUUACGUCAUUUGCUGCUAUCUUUUUUUUAAACUUUAAGUUUCUAUUUUUCUUCCAUGUCUUGUUUUUUUUUCCCCCCCGAUGAAACGUCCCAACUUGCAGUUUCUUUCAGCAGUGAUCUCUGGAUAGUUGUGUAUAUUGUAAAGAGAGAACUUUAUUGAACAGAAGUACAGCUUUCAUAAGGCAAACAUGACACUUUCAUCGUUUUUCCCCCCCCCAUAAUUGAUGAAAGACACAAACCCCAAAAAUCUCGCAAUGCUCCCUUUAUUAAAACACAAAAGUGUGGAUAUUUUGUGUUUCUUAUUAACCUAAGAAAAACAUGUUCGGUUAUGGUGUCCAUGCUGAGAUUAGGUUGUGUUCAGACAAUCCCUCACUCACCAUUGUGUGACAAUCCCUUUAGAGUUAACACGGAUAAAUCUGAACUUACCUUCCCUAAUUGAAGCAUCUUUUUUUUUUUCUUGGGAGGUAGUGAAUAUUAAAUCAUUUCUAUAUUUUUUCUUCCUUUUGGUAAUAUAUAUAUAUAUAUAUAUAUAUAUAUAUAUAUAUACACACUAAUCUUGUUUAAUUGAAAAAAUAUUGUCAUGUAUUGGUUGAUAUGUUACAUAAUGUGUCAAAACUUUUCUUUUUUAUGUGAUUUGCAAGUAGCCACCGAUUUGUUCCGUGAGCAGGAGACUGUUACUGGGAACGUAUGGCACGAGGCUCUGUGUCCACCGGGGACAUUUUCACAGAAUUGGUUUCUUGUUGUUGUUCACAGUGGAAAUGACACUCUGGUGCAUGUUUCCCACGACGCCGACAGUCUUAGCAUGAUUAAAACGCUAACAGCACUAGAGGCUCACGUUUUUUUUUUUACUUCUAGCAAAACCUCAUGUAACGUUUUGUUUUGUUUUUUUUUUCUUUUUUUUUGUCUUAUACUGUAGUGAGUGCUGAAGCCAUGACUGGCCUCAUGCAACUGUUUAACGCUAUCCUUUAAAAGAAAUACCUGGUGGAGACAAAGCCUAGAGAGGGGGAUUUACACGUCACACUCGAAUCUAAUUUUACACCAUCGAAAGGCUUUCCAAAGAAGCCCCAAAAAAAAGAUUUUAUUCACUAAGCUGUCUAUUAAAAAGCAAAUGGGGAGUUUCAUUCCAAAAUAUUACAGGUGCAGGUUCCUCAAAUGUUACCAGUUUGAAAUUGCUAAAAGCUUCAAAAGUCAUGAGAAUUUGACAAAUGGCUCUUAUUUUGGAAAUAAACUUCAUCAGAUAUGAGCUUGUGUUGUAGUUCCAGUAUUUUGUUGUCUGUUUUAAAUUGAUGUUUGGAAGCGGGAUGACCGCAACUAACCGCAACUUCGUUGUGGAUUAAAAAUGGGAGAAUAGAAUAAAAUAUGGAUUUAUCUUUA